AUGGCCUGGCUGAACAGCGAGAUCACCUGGGCCGCCAACGAAGGUUCGGAGGCCUUGCUGGAGAUCAUCGGGCAGAAGGCCGAGCGCUUCAACGCCAUCAACGUGGCCACGGCCCUGCACCGCCUGGCGCGGUGCCACCGGGAUGGCAACAAAGAGCUGGCUGAAAACGAGGCGUUCAAAUCCUUGGUGGAGAAAACUUCCAGCGUCCUGCGUUUAUCGGCUAUGCAGUGUGAUGCCAAAGCAGUCUCAACCAUUGCGCACGCUGCAGCAGGGCUUGGGAUCCGAGAUGUUUCUGUGGCCGCCGGUGUGGUUGCAGCCGCCUCAGAACGUCUGCAGGAUUUUGACCGACAAGGCGUCGCUAAUCUGGCCUGGGCCCUGGCCAAGAUGCCAAAGGUCAAAGGUAGACUCAAACUUGCCAAAGAACUUGCCUCAAGGUCGCAUGGACUCUUGUCAGACUUCUCCCCGCAAGAGUUGUGCAAUGUGCUGUGGGCCCUUGGGAAGCUGGGAGUUCGGGACAACAAAUUGAUGUCGCUGGCCAGUGAUACAGCCCGCGGUAAGCUGGAUGCCUUCACGCCGCAGGGGUUGUCGAUGCUGGCGGCCUCCUAUGCCCGGGUGGGCAUCUUCAACGAGUCACUGCUGGAGGAGAUCCGCUCCAAAGCCGAAGCACAACUGGUCAAGCUGAACAGCCGCGAUGCAGCGCAGUUGGUGUGGAGCCACGCAAAGUUCAAACUCUGCAACGAGAGCUUUUUGGAGAAGAUUUGCGAACAUGCUGCAAAGCUACCGCUGGCUGAAGGCAACGAGCUCCUUGUCUCCUUCCUUUGGUCGUUUGGAACGCUUCGUUGGGUUCCGAACCCCAAGCUGCUAAAGGCCUUGGUCACCCAGGCGACCGCGAAGGCGGGGAGCUUCGGUGCCCACCGCAGCGUGCGGCUGCUGACGGCCCUGGCGAAGCUGGCCUUUCUGGAGCAAGCUGUGGAGUUAGGUGAGUUAACUGAAGCCCUGGCGGCCAAUGUCCAAUUGCUUUACCCGCGCAUGGGAGCCCAAGAGGUUGGAAUCAGCGCCUGGGCCUUGGCUACGUUGAAGCCCAAAGGCUGGCGGAAGAUGGUCCGGUGCCUCCUGCGUCGGGCGGCUGAGGAUGAGGUGCUGGAUGACCUCAACUGGUGGUCCGCAGCGCACCUGGAGUAUGCGGCAAGGGUUGCAUCGAAGCGGAAAUUUGGAAGUCUGUAUCUUCCAAGGCAGGAACCGGAAGAUCGCAAGGAAUUUCUUUCUUCGCUAACAGCGCUGUGUGCGGAGGAAGUGGCCCAAAUUCGAGUUGACAGCAAGCAGUUUCAAGAAAAGCCAUUGAAGGUGGCAGCCGAGCUUCAACCAUGGAAAGACAUGGAGCCUGGAGCCUCGGUCCUGAUCUUUGGCGCAGGUCGUCAUAUUCGUCCUGCACUUCAGAUGGCAGGCUUUGAGACCACCAUUUGGCGUCGCUUUGCUUCGGGAAGCUGUGGUGCCAAAGAAUGGCCCGAGGCUGCCGAAAAGGAACGAUUCAAAGCUGCAGCUAUGAGAUAUCCAGAUUCCAGUGAAUCCUUUGAGUUUGCCCUACAUGCCGUGGCCACGAGCCUGGAAGAGGGUGCACCUCUGUGGGUUUAUGGAGAUGUCCGUGAGGGCGUUUUAAGCACUACCCGGUCAAUUCGUGGCCUGUUCUCCCUAUCAGCGAUUCAUGAAGAUGGGGACUGUAGGGUGAUUUCUGCGAUCCGAACCCGGAGAAAGGCUCAGGACGAAUUUGAAUCCUGGCUUCGCAUAGAAAGCAUCGACUUCGGCUAUGGCUUUCAAGACUGGUGGUCUGUGCCAGGUCUUUUCGCGGCUGGAAAGGUGGAUGUGAUGUCGCAAUAUUUGCUGGAUACCAUGCUCCACGUGCGCGACAAGAUCGCGGCCUCUGAUGGAACCUGGCCCCUCCUGGACUGCAAGCCAUGCCAUGUGAUGGACUUCGCCAGUGGCACAGGCGUCCUGGCAGCCGGUGCCUCCAAGCUUCUGGAGGUGGGACGUUGCCUGCUGCUGGACGCCGAUGCGUGCGCCCUACAGGCCGCUGGGAGGAAUCUGCCGGAGGCAUCCAGGAUCUUGGCGGAUGGCUUUCGAUGCGACCUGCCGGAGGAGAAGUUCCACCUCAUCAUCUCCAAUCCACCAGUUCACAAUGGACAUGCUGAUGACCUAAGCCUUCUCCUUGAACUGCUACGUGAGGGGCCUUUGUUGCUGGAACCAGGGGGCGAGAUGUGGUUGGUGACCCAGGAGCAUAUUCCGACCGGCCGCCUUUUCCAGUUGGCACUGCAGGAAAACGCGCGUUUGGGAAAGUUGGAGCGAGGCGGGUCCAGGUUGAUGGAUCUGCGAUCCCUCUAUGAGAAUGUUGGAAUGUAUCCCACCAGCGAUGGCCGCUUUAUUGUGUGGCGAGCAUGCCUGGAGUCUCGAAAGCGGAAGAGCGAACAGACCCAGGAAAGGGUAGAUGUUGUCCACCUCAUGAAGAUUGCACGGAUGGCUGAGGGCGGUUCCACAAGCGAGUACGAGCUCUGGGUCGACUUUCGAAUGCAGAGAUUGCAAAAACCGCAAUCCACUUGGGCGGUUGGAUGUGGGAAGGUCAGCGUGUCGCCCGCUGGGGCGUUGCAGUCCCCGAAGGCACCGGCAAGGGUCCACUGCUGCCGCAUUCGUCACUGCGUGGCUGAGCCAGGUGAAGGAAGGAUUGCUGAACCUAGUCCUUUUCCCCAGGAGAUCCGAAAUUGGCAAAUGCGUAGUGGCGUAGUGACAGUGACUUAG